GUGUGGACGAGUUCAUGUGCAGGGAGGAGUCGAGACCUGAGUCUGUAGAGGAUGACAUCCUAGACAUCCUGGACUCCCCGACCACGGAGGGCAAGGUUGUUGUUUCUGCCAGCAGCAGCCAGAAGGUGCUAUCGUUAUCGCCUCAGUGUUUCCCUACAGUCGUCUUUUUACUUUGUGCAAUUUUCAUAGUUUCAUCACAACAGUGAGAUUCCAUUCAUGAAGGAAGUGUCUGUCAUCCUCCCCCUUGUGUGCUUCCUGUUCUUUUUUUGCAUAACUCUCCUCUCCAUUUCUGGCCACUGUCCAUUGCCUGUUGUUCGUAACAGGAGACAGAGCUGUUCAAAAUCAUUGAAAAACUGCAGCAGGAUCGAUGAGCAGCGAUGUGAAUUCCCUCCACCUCUGAAGAAUCAGAUCUUAAGAAUAGGUGGAGAUCUGCCACUCAUUGUGCCACCAAAGUUGGGGGGCUACUGGGUUGACCCCCCUCUGGAGCGACUCACCGAUGUAAGUCCCACUACAUCCCAUGUUGGCGUUGAUCCAGUGAGUUACGACAUCAUGGAGCGAGACAGUGAGGCCAAAAUAUACCACGAAUUCUUCUGCUCGAGAUACCAUCACUCUUUCACAGCAAUGGAUCCAUCGAUUGGACCGCUAGUUCUAUCUGUGUGUUUGGAGGACAAGGACAAAAAGCUCCGUGUGAUACUAAGAAUGAAGGAAUGCUCUCUGCAUGGUGUUUUCUCCGCCUCUCUUUUCCCCAGCAUCCCAUCUGCUGUUGAUUUAGCAAAGAUGCUUUGUGACAGAGUGACUGUGUCAAGGUUUGAAUCUGUCAGCUACCUCAAGGCUCCAGAACUUAUCACUGCAUUUGAUGAGCACAGAGUGUCCCCUAAUUUUAAAUUUGGUGUACUAUACCAAAAAGAUAGACAGCUCACAGAGGAGGACAUCCUCUGCAACAGCGAGGAAAGUGAACUGUUUAAAGAGUUUCUCUCUAUUUUGGGAGACACAAUUCAACUACAAGGCUUCACUGGGUUCAGAGGAGGCCUCGAUGUGUGUCAUGGCCAGACGGGAACAGAAGCCGUGUUUACUUCCUUCCAUGAAAGACAAAUUAUGUUUCAUGUUGCAACUAAACUGCCUUUCACAGAGGGUGACCCACAGCAGCUACAGAGGAAAAGACACAUCGGUAAUGACAUUGUGGCUUUAGUCUACCAGGAAGGCAGUACUCCUUUUCUGUCUGACGUCAUCAAGUCUCACUUUCUGCACUGCUUCUUGGUGGUCCGGAGACUCGACACAAGAGAGGAGGAGAAGACAGGUGGAGCUGUGUACCAGGUGUCCGUCACGGCAAGAGAUGACGUUCCUCCCUUUAGCCCCGCCCUCCCAGAUCCGCCAAUCUUCACAGAUAAUUGUCUGUUGAGAGAAUUCCUUCUGACCAAACUCAUUAAUGCGGAGAUUUCCUGCUAUAAAGCCGAGCAGUUCAGCAAGCUGGAGUUCCGCACUCGUUCUUUGCUCUUAGAAAGUUUACAGGCCGAACUCUCCACCCGUUCCCAGUGCAUGGUGGGGGAUCCAACGCUGUCAACUACCUCAUCGUCUGAAGGCAUUCGAGGGGUGUCCGAGGGAAGCGGGGGUUUCAUUGAAAACUUUAAGAGAGCCAUCAGAGUGCGGAGCCAUUCCUUUGAGACUCUCGGAGUUCCCAGGAAAAUCAGUGGCACUGCAUCACAGAAGAUAAAAACGUGUGACAAAGAUGGUGACAGUGACAAACCUCCAGGACCUUUGCAAACACUCAGUGACAGUUUGGGAGCAGCUGAGCGCAAAGAUCAACAGAGUCCCCAUGAAGAGACACACAAAGAUAAAGAGAAUGUUACUUUGUAGAUGUUUGUUCUUUAUAGACAUAUAUGGUACAUAUCACUAACCUGUGGAUCCAUCUGUGCUUUAACUGGUCGGAUGACUUGGAUGUAAAUAGUGUUUAAAUAUGAUUGUGAGAGAAGUAAUAUUUUAGAGGAAUGGAAACCAUUAAAAUGUAUUUAAAUGUAAUUUAUAACAAAUAAAAUGCUGACUUGAUACACUACUAAAA